AAUAGCAGAAAAAAAAAAAAAAAAAAAAAAAGAGAAAAAUCAGAGGGAGGAAGAAGAAGACCGCGAAGAGGGUAAGAGAGAGUAGCAGCAGUGUGCAAAUGCCGCUCUUCGUCCUCCACCAGCACCCACCACUCUCGCCGUCCGUUUCUCACCGCCACACUCCGUCGACAUCAUCAUCAUCAUCUUCAUGCUUCCUGGUUCGCACCCAGAGAUCAACGGUCUGGGUUCACCCAACCAACCAAGUGGGUCAGCUCAGUUGGCGGCCCACAACGAUAAGGUGCAUGGCCAAGCCAAGGAGAGUGGCAAUGGUGGCCAAGCAGAUAAGGAGAGAGCUCUCUGACAUGCUUCUCACCGACAAGGUCUUGCAGUUCGCCAUUUUGCCUGAAGCUGCUCUGGGAGCCGAUCGCUACCUCUCCUCCCUCACCACCAUCAGCGAUGUCGAAGUUUCAUCCGACUUGCAGGUGGUUAAAGUUUAUGUAUCUGUUUUUGGUGAUGAAAGAGGGAAGGAGAUUGCCAUUGCUGGAUUAAAGUCAAAAGCCAAAUAUGUUCGCAGUGAAUUGGGAAGACGUAUGAAGUUGCGGUUGACUCCUGAAAUACGUUUCAUAGAAGAUGAAUCUUUAGAGAGAGGAAGCAGGGUGAUUGCAAUUUUAGACAGGAUAAAGAAUGAGAAGAUGUCUGCAGAAAGUGAAUAUGAUGAACAAAUUGAAUCGUCAGAUGCAUCUCAAGAUGACAAAGAUUGGGAGGAUGACGAUCCUGAUGGAGACAUCAUUUAUAUAAAGUAGUUUCUCCCAUGCUUACAAUAUGCUUGUUCUAAUUGAGGCAAAGCUUUGCUUGCACAGGCUGCAAACACUGGCCAGAAUGCUCAGGAACAACUCUAUCACCUUGGUUCCAACCGUCCAAAUUAUGAGCUUCAAGUCAUGCCUUGUGAAAUUAAUCUUAAUAUUUCAUCCUGGUUUUGUCCAGCUGCUCGAGUGGACAAGAAGAGAAAAGAUACCUGCCAUCUGGAAAUUAUUGUCCUUUUUUUUUUUGGGUGAAUCACCUGGAAAUUAUUGUCUACUUGAAAGCUGAACAUACAACAGUAUAUGCAAAGUGCCAUGGCUUAUUGAAGAGAAUUCCCAGGCACCACUUUGUUUUCUCUCUAAGCAAAUUUUCAAGUGUUUCUGUUAUUUAUGGGCUUAAUUAUACCAUGAACCCACUUAAUCAAUGUUUGUUAUGAUUUUCAAUUGUCAAACAAAAUCCAAACAAUUUUUUAUAUAUUCAUAUAUAUACAUACACCAUGAAACCAUUCAGUUAA